CAACUUUUUCACAAGAUGUCCGACAGUAAUAAUCAAAAGUCAGAUUCGGAACCUAGCAGUAAAAAAAUUAAAAUUGACCAUGAAAGUGGGAAUAAUGUGAGUGAAAAUCAGUUGCAACUUAAAGACUUUAUAUUGGAGAAGAUUUUAAACAAUAACACUAAUAGGAAAACAGUGUGUGUGCUAGGAAAAUUCAAAGACAAAAGUGGCGUGGCUUUGGUUAUUUUAGAGAAAAAUGCUUUCAAGGAAGAAGAUUUGGGCAACGAAGGUUACUUUUCCGUAGAUACUGAGGUAACAACGUUCUUCGAGAACGAUAUCUACGGGAAUUACGAGUGUUUCCCUCGGUCGGCGAUUAAUGGUGUAAAGACAUCAAUAAUAUACCCCGCUACAGAGAAGCAUAUUGCCAAGUUCAGCCAACAGGAGGUGCAUAUUGUGCUGGAGACUCCCGAGCUGUACCAGAAGCUGACACUACCUCAUUUGGAGAAGGAGCAGUUUAAUUUACAGUGGGUAUACAACAUCCUUGAAGGCAAGAGUGAGCAGGACAGAAUAGUGUACGACAAUAAGUGUGAAAGAGACGGGUUCGUUCUGGUUCCGGAUCUCAAGUGGGACGGGCUUACCAAGGAGACGCUGUACCUGCUGGCCAUUGUGAGGAGACGGGGCAUCAAGUCCUUGAGGGACCUGGAUGGUAGCCACCUGCCGUUGCUGAAGAGGGUUCGGGACGAGGGCAAGAAAAAGAUAUUCGAGAAGUACAACGUGCCGGCGUCGCAGCUGCGGGUCUACCUCCACUACCAACCGUCGUUCUACCAUCUGCACGUCCACUUCACGUACCUCCGCCACGAGGCGCCCGGCAUCUAUGCGGAGAAGUCACAUCUACUCGACACCGUCAUCAAUAACAUCGAAAUGAUACCAAACUACUACCAACAAGCAACACUACCAUUCACAAUCCGUGAAAUGGACAACAUUUUCAACAUCUACGAAACAAAUGGACAUGUACAGAGAAUCAAACAAGAUAGUGAAUUAAUCGAUAAAUAAUUUUUAUAUAUUUUUUGUAAGUACAAUUUUUAUAUAAAACUUCAUAAAGAUGUUGAUUGAAAACGUUUUCAUCGAGCUACGGUCUCGGUUGAGGAGCUGCAAUGUAUUCAUUACAACUGGAGUGGAUUUCACCAAGAAUUGUAGUUUGAAAAUAAGUAUACAGACUAAUUGUAUUGUCUUGAAUUAUUAUAAGGAUAAGGAUGAUAAGCCUAAGAGAAGGGAUAGUCUUUCUUCCAUAGAAAGUCUCUCCGAUUGGUGCUCGGACGAAGAAGGUGAAGUCAGCACUGUGAUCCCAGUCCGACAGUUCUGUAAGAUCAUACCAAAUUCUAUGUCGUGUCUCAAAAUAGAUAAGAGUACAAUAUCAUUCAGAUUGCUGACUGAACCUAAGAACGGUGCCGGUGGUAACUUCUACAAAGAAUUGCUAUCCACGAAUAACAUGGAAAGUUCUACCAAAGGAAAUAGUUUAAAAUUAAAUGUGAAAGCCGGUGAAGAACUGCGGUUAACCUGCGCAAAUUGUUGCAAUGUAGUCUCCGUUAAUAGUGUGAAAUUCGACCGGAUUUUGGAGUUACCAACAGCUAACUUGGACAUGUCAGAGUGGUUUUGCCAUGGGAACGGACAUGGGCAUAGCCAUGGUCACAGCCACGGGGAGACUCCACAGACAUCAGACACCAUAAUAAAGCCAAACAAAAGUGAUUUUCUCUAUAGACUGACUUUCUUUGUUGUGAAUAAUACAAUUUUAUCGGAUAAGACCAACAAAUUCAACGCUACGAGACCAGUGUAUCAUUGCAAUAGAUGUCUAGCGUGGCUGGGACUCAAGGAAAAGGAUUCUGUGAAACUAUUCAAUUCAGAAAUUAAAAUAACGCAUAAUGAUACAGAAUCAGUGAUAUUCGCACACAAAAAUGAACAGGAUAUACACACAGAUGAUUUUAUUUAUACAAUAGAGAGAAUGACUAGAGAAUUUAACCUCGGAUUCCAAUAUACAGUGAUGUGUAAAUUAGUCCUUGAAUGUACUGUAUCUGCUGUAAAGAAGCAGUAUUUGUUAAUAUGGGUGAUGGAUAAAGAGUUGCAAGUGCUCAGAAAUAAUGUGCAGACUAUAUUAUUGGAAGACCGUAUUGAGCUACAUUCCACUACGGUCACUAAAAUCCUAUUCAAAGUCGAAUUUUGUAUGAAUGAGGAGGUAGAGUCCUGGGUUUCUGACCCAGGAGUGGUCACCACAGAGAUAUCAAAAGGCAUGUUCAACAAUGGACUUGCCCAUUUGGAGAAAAUGUCCCAAAAAGUACCGGAAUGCUUCCGUAAUACCAACGGUUACUGUGUAAGCUAUCUUAAAGUUUGAAUAAAUAAAUUCGCAAUUGUA